AUGCCCUGAACUGCUUAGAGGAUCCAAGAAGCUACAGAGAUGUCUACUGAGCCUCCUGCAACAACAGUGGUUGCAGAAAUGGACCCUUUCACGACCUUUGAGACCAACAGUUCCACCUGUGACUUAUAUGAGCACAAAGACACAGCACGGAUAUUACUGUCUGUCUUCUAUGGCUCCAUCUUGAUUCUUGGGGUGCUUGGAAACACCAUUGCUCUUACUGUCAUUUUUAAAAACAGAAAAAAGAUCAACUCUACUACCCUCUAUUCAACAAAUCUCGUCUUCUCCGAUCUGCUGUUCUGCAUUGCCUUGCCAACCAGGAUAGCCUACUAUGCCCUGGGAUUUCACUGGCCGUUUGGAGAAGCGCUGUGUCGAAUCACCGCACUCUUGUUCUACAUCAACACCUACGCAGGCGUAAACUUCAUGACAUGCCUGAGUAUUGACAGGUUCUUUGCUGUCGUCCACCCCUUCCGAUACAAGAUCAGAAGGAUUAAAUAUGCAAAGGGCAUUUGUGUCUUUGUCUGGUUUCUUGUAUUCAGUCAAACUUUCCCAUUACUUAUACAAUCCAUGUCACAGGAAGAAAAUGAAAGGACUACAUGUAUGGAAUAUCCAAACUUUGAGAAAAUAGAACAUCUACCAUUUAUACUUCUUGCUGCCUGUUUAAUAGGGUACCUUAUUCCCCUGGGGAUUAUUCUAUUUUGCUACUCUCAAAUCAGCUGCAAACUUUUUCAAACAGCUAAGGAAAAUCCACUGACUGAAAAAUCAGGGAUAAACAAAAAAGCCAUCAAUACAAUCAUAUUUGUAAUUAUAGUGUUCGUCAUCUGCUUUACACCUUAUCAUGUUGCAAUCAUACAACACAUGAUUAAGAAACUUCAGCAAGAACCCCUGUGCACUGAAAAGAAAAUUUUCCAGAAGUCACUCCAUUAUACUGUAUUUCUGAUGAAUUUUAACUGCUGCCUAGAUCCUUUCAUCUAUUUCUUUGCAUGCAAAGGAUACAAGAGAACUGUACUGAAAAUACUGAGACGACAAGUGAGCGUAUCAAUUUCAAGUGCUGCCAGGUCACAUCAUGAAGAAAGCUCACGUGACGCAGGAGAAACGCAAAUGACGGUACUUGCUAAAUCUUCCAAUGGAAAGCUACCUGAAAAAUAAAGCCUGUAGUACACCACAGUGGACCAAGACUAAAAAUCCAGGGUCCAUAGCAAAAACUCUUAGUGCUGCCUUACAGCAGCUUAAGUAAAAUUCUGUUUCUCGGAAUGUCAGGGAAUCAAGGAGUGAUGGACUGAAAAUAUUUGUCACAGGACAGCAGGAAAACUCAGCAUUAUAAUCUUCUUGCUGUAUCCUUUUGAUGGAUCUCUUAUUUUUUCCAGGAAAUAUGCACCAUUGUGAAUGUUCAGAUUCCAUGCUGCACAUACAUAUGCCUGGAUGUUACUAACUCAAGCAAAAUCAAAUUGCAGUUUGGAUUGAGCAAAAAUAUAGCUUACAAUUCAAACCAGCUACAACCAGAACAUCUGAAAAUGUCAAGACCUCUAGCUGAGCUCCAAUUACAGCAGUGGUUUUGCUGGUCAAGUCACCUAAACAGAGGAAAUAAAACUUUGAGAUAAAAUGGA